AUGGCGGUCACAGGUGUAGGGCAAAUAUCACUUUCCUCACGAAAAUUUGCCAUUCUCGGUGGAGGAAUAUCUAGCCUAGCCGCCGCUUAUCACCUACUGGAUAAAGUGAAAGACCCGAGUAACAUAACAGUUCUUGAAUCUAGCGAGAGAGUUGGGGGAUGGAUGCAAAGUUGCUCUACGGAGAACGGGGCUGUUUUCGAGUUAGGCCCGAGAAGUAUUAGGCCCGCAGGCAAUGCCGGGAGAGCAACCCUUAAAAUUGUUCAUGAUCUGGGCUUGGAGAAAAAUGUUCUCUCAGUUUCUUCAAGUCAUCCUGCAGCAAGGAGUAGAUUUAUAUACUCUCGUGAAAAACUGCAUCAGCUUCCCUCUGGAGUUAUAUCAAUAAUAAAAAGACAAUCUUUGUUUUCUAAAUCAUUACUACCUACUAUAAUUAGAGAACCAUUUGUGAGAGGAAAGCAAGAUCAUGAGGAUGAAAGCAUUUAUAAUUUCUUCAAAAGAAGGAUGAAUGAAGAGGUAGCGGAGUAUCUCAGUGAUCCACUCUGUAGAGGCAUCUUUGCUGGUGACUCUCGUUUGCUGAGCCUUCAGUCAUGUUUUCCUGCUGUGCAUCAGUACGAGAAUCAACAUGGUUCCAUAAUCAAAGGAGCUUUCUUUACAAAAGAAGUCUCCGACCCCUCUGUUAUGAGUCCAUUGGCAAUGAGGGCUAAAGAAGAACGAUGGAGCACUUGGUCGCUCAAGGGCGGUUUGCAGACACUAUCUGACAAACUACUUGAAGUAUUAAUACAGCGGGGAGUGAACGUCAAAAUGACCUCACCUUGUACAGCUGUGAAUUUUAACCCUGACGGCAAACUGAGAGUAGCAUGGCCCAAUGAGGAGCUAACAGUAGAUCACGUGAUGAGCGGCAUACCAGCUGAGAGACUCGCAACUAUUUUACCCGAAGACUGCCUGGAAUUAACAUCGGAGUUGAAAAAUAUAAACAGUACAACAGUAGCUGUGGUCAAUCUUGAGUACGAAGGAAAUGUAGUGCCCGUGGAGGGGUUUGGGUAUUUAGCUCCUUCCUCUGAACCAUUGAAAGUUCUCGGGAUUAUCUUUGACUCCUGCGCCUUCCCUGAAAAUGAUCGACCCGGAGGAAAAACUACACGAUUAACUGUCAUGAUGGGAGGUCACUGGUUCAAUUCCCUAUUUGGAGAUCCUAACUCAGUAGACCCCAGUCAUCUACAAGACGUUGCGGAAGAAGCUGCCGAAAAAACGCUCGGCAUCCGAACUAAACCGACGAGUUGUUUGACCACUGUGCAAUAUGACUGUAUACCUCAGUACACCUUGGGUCAUUCUUAUCGUUUGAAAAACAUUUUCGACUUCAUUGAGAAACGCAAGCUACCUCUUUCUCUGAUCGGAUCAUCAUAUAAUGGUGUUAGCGUAAAUGACUGCAUUUAUAAUGCUCAGCGCGCUGUAGAACGAAUUUUGGCAGCGAAUUGAUAAAGGUUCGAACUCUAGUUAGCAAAUAUCGUAGACUACCUCGUAGAGGUAGGUUCAUCGUAGUACAUCGUUGUAGUCUGGUUUUGUAUGAUUCUGCGAGUGUGAAUGGAACCAAACGCAUAAAUGUCGUUUGGACAGUGAGGGACUAAGCCGAACCCACGAAAAAACAAACCAAGUUUCUUUUCUAGCACGAAGCACCUUGUCUCGUGCCAUUCUCUUAUCCACUCAAUCCACUGUAGCAAAAAGCUAUCGCCUAAUGUUGGUAAAGAAAAGAGGGUUGACGGUCCACAAAUACUAUCUUUGCCGAUAAUAUUUUUUUCUUGUCACUACUGGUCUAGACAACAAGGUCAUAAGUCAGAGUUCGACAGAAAGCCAUCUGGGUUUCAGAAUUUUCCCGGGGAUGGUAUGUGAAGUACUCGUUUGAGGUCAUUUUUAUGGACAGAACAUUUAAGCAAUUGAUGAUAAAUAAAUGGAUACAUAUUUUGUUUAAUACAUUUAGAAGGCGUAGCCAUGUGAUCAUUUCUGUGAACAGUUAGAAAUUGUAACAAAGAGAAUGAACAUGUUUUAAUUAAGGAUAAACAGAUAUUCUUGAUUA